GAGUUGGAGAGUUUUCUAAACCGGAGUAUCUUUCUUCUCGUCCGCCAGACCGCUGCUCUUCCUUCUCCCUUCGCCUUCCCAACCAGCUCACAUGGCCUCCCUGCCGCUGGGGCCCCAUCAUCCGCCGGAGCACGACGCCUUCCUUGCUGCUACCGCGCCUCCCCGGAGCUCUCAGCAACCUUCUGUUCCCGAGGGAAAUGAUGCAGUCACUGGUCAUAUCAUCUCCACCACCAUUGGAGGCAAGAACGGUGAACCCAAGCAGACCAUUAGUUACAUGGCAGAGCGUGUUGUGGGAACUGGCUCAUUUGGUAUUGUAUUCCAGGGAAAAUGUUUGGAAACAGGGGAAACUGUUGCUAUAAAGAAGGUUUUGCAGGAAAGUAAAUAUAAAAACCGUGAGUUGCAGCUGAUGCGCUCAAUGGAUCAUUCAAAUGUGAUAUCUUUGAAGCAUUGUUUUUUCUCCACCACAAGCAAAGACGAACUUUUUCUUAACCUGGUAAUGGAAUAUGUACCAGAAACUUUAUAUCGGGUUCUAAGACAUUACAAUAGCAUGAAUCAAAGGAUGCCACUUUUCUACGUAAAGCUAUAUACAUAUCAGUUAUUUAGAGGUUUGGCUUAUAUUCAUACAAUUCCUGGUGUCUGUCAUAGAGAUGUAAAGCCACAAAAUGUUUUGGUAAAUCCUCACACGCACCAAGUCAAGUUAUGUGAUUUUGGAAGUGCUAAAAUUUUGGUGAAGGGUGAACCCAACAUUUCAUACAUUUGCUCUCGCUAUUAUCGUGCUCCAGAGCUUAUUUUUGGUGCCAUAGAGUAUACUACCUCUAUUGAUAUUUGGUCAUCAGGAUGUGUCCUUGCUGAGUUGCUCCUUGCUCAGCCGUUGUUUCCUGGAGAAAGUGCAGUAGAUCAGCUUGUCGAGAUAAUUAAGGUUCUUGGGACUCCAACUCGGGAGGAAAUCCGGUGCAUGAACCCUAGCUAUACGGACUUUAGGUUUCCACAGAUAAAAGCUCAUCCAUGGCAUAAGAUAUUUCAUAAAAGAAUGCCUCCAGAGGCAAUAGACCUUACAUCUCGCCUUCUCCAAUACUCUCCAAAUUUUCGCUGUACUGCUUUGGAAGCAUGCGCACACCCAUUUUUUGAUGAACUAAGAGAACCAAAUGCAAGGCUGCCAAAUGGUCGACCUCUGCCUCCUCUUUUCGACUUCAAGCAGGAAUUAGCAGGUGCAUCCCCAGAGCUCAUCCACAAGUUGAUUCCUGAACAUACGAGACGGUAACCUGGUCCUGGAAGCUUGCAAAAUGUUCUACUUAAGAUGUUAUUAUGAAAAGCAAGUAAUCGACAAUGCAGUAUUCUUACCAUGGUAAAGUCCGUUAAGACUUAAGAAUACUCGCAGCUGCUCGGUCUUAUGAAAGAUUCUGAUAUCUUACCUUGCUUUUCAUUCGUAGUCUGUACAAUAGUCGUUAAUACAGCGAAUAUGGUAAUCUAGACUAUGGUUCCAGCAUUAGCUGGCUUGUAGAUUGGUGUAAGCUUAAACCCUGUUUAUUUGAUAGUCUCGAUUAUUGGUUAAGGUUGGAGAGUCGGGUGUAAUUUAAAGCUUCUUGCUUCUUUUUGGUAUUGUAUAAAUGUAUUAAUGCAGUUUGAAAACAUCUUUGUAAAUUGUAAUGCCUAGGGUUGUAAAUAAAUCAAGCAUUCGUGAACAAA